CGCCGUAUCUCUCCAACUCAAAAUAAUCGUUCGCCGGAAAAAUAUUUUCCGACAGUUGCCGGAAUCCGUGGGUUUAAACUUGAAAUGGAUGCGAAAAGAGCUUACAACGAUCAUCGAUGGACGAACGAGAGGCACCUUCAUUUCCUGAAAUCUCUAGAGGCUUCGUUCGUUCGAACAAUGCUGGAGAAACGCGACAAUCGCGUUUUUCUUCCAAUGGAUCGGUAUUUGCCGGAUAGUUGCGAAUCGACGUUAGAUUCGAAGACGACGACUACGACGAAGAGAAGAAAAAGGCAUUUUCCGACAGAUUAUUUGGACGAAGUCAAAAGAUUACGCCUUCACCCAUCCGCUAUGCUUCAAGAUGAUCAGGUAGUUCCACAGAUCAAACACAUAAAAACCGAAGAUGAUGACAAUAAAUGGACAAAUUCGCCAUGAACAUCUUCCAAAAAAAACAUUUAUCGAAAGUAUGUUUUAGCUAACAUGUAUAGGGAGUUUUGUUUGAUGUUAGGGAUAGUAUUAAUUCAUUGGGUUAAUUUUAAUUAAAAACUUAGAUUAACAUUUAUUUAAAUAUAUACCAAGAAAUGUUAAAUUCUCUAGUUUGUAUUGGUUUGUAUUUUUUUU